AUGGCAGCAUGGGGCUGGCCGCGCUCGAACAACGGAUGCUGGUCCUGCAGCUGUGGCGUGGCGGACAACUACGUUACGCGCAAGAAGUAUCGGGGAUGUGGGGCCCAGGCACAACGUAAAGGAUCAACAUGCAAGGACGUCAAAGAGCAGACGUACAAGGACGUGCUGUUGGGCCCGUCGAAGCGAGAGGCAGCGCUGCAGAAGCAGGUGGACACCAUGCGGGCGCAGCUUCAGGACCUCAAGAAGCAGCAGCACGCCACCCACGAGGAUGAAGACGACGAGAAGCCAGUGGAUCUGGACAAGCUCUACAGGUGGGCGCAGUCGUGCAGAUCCGAGUGGGGAGACCAGUCCACGGAGUACCAGCAGGCGCAUGAGCGCAACAUGCGGGCCAAGGACGCCAAGCAUAGAACGAAGCCGCACUCGGUCCAGCUCACCAAGGCACGGGUUGCCAGGGAGAAGCUCGAGAAGGAAGAGGCGGCCAUCUAUGGCGAGGUCAAGCGGCAUCAGAAGGCGAUGCAGGACGCGCAGGAGAAGCUCGCCAAGAAGAGGGAGCAGCUCGAGGUCGCAAAGGCCAAGGAGUCGGAGCUCAAGGUGCAGGACGUCACCAUCAAGGGAAGCGGCAUCAGCAACGAGGAGUACGAACACGUGUUCGCAGCACUCGCCAGGGUGCUGGGCAACGUCAGGGAGGAGCCCAAGGAAGACAAGGACGGCAUGGACACUGAAGAGGCUGGAGUGGGCAAGCAGGACGCGAGCAGGGACCUCAGCUGUCGCCAGAAGAACAAGAGUGGCUACACGCAGGUGGGGCGCCUGAGGCAACGCCAGAACAAGUUCGAGAGCAUCACCCUGUGGACGUUUAACGGCUCGGGGUGGGGUACCCUCAAAGAGAGGAUCGAGCACGCAGAAGGGGGCCUGCUGCAGUGCUACGCAGUGCAAGAGCAUCGCCUCACGGGCGACAGGAUCGCGGUCGUGUCGCAGAGCAUGAAGGCGAAGGGGUGCCAGUUCGGCGGGGCCGAAGCGAACCCGACGAUAGGCCCAGGUGGAGAAGCAGGCACUUCGGCGGGUGUGGCAGUCGUGGUGCCCAGGUGCAUCGGCAUGACGUACAUGUUCGGCAAGGAGAAGUGGGACUUGUCACCGCGGAACAGCCCAGGGAGGGCUGCAGCGGCAUGGCUAUCGGUCGGCAAGGGAAUCAUCUACGCGACGGUCUACCUGUGGACGGCAGAGGGGAUGCCGUUCAGGAACACGGAGAUCACCAACAAGGUGAUAUGCCAAGUGGAAGCGUUCGGCAUGCCGUGGGUAAUCGGGUGCGAUUUCCAAGUGGCGCCUGAGAAGAUGACGGAGGUGGAGAGCGUCAAGAUGGCCAAGGCGCGGGUAGUCGCGUCAGGGGCCAGCUGUGGAACGUGCAGACAUGCGUACGGCGUGAGCGAGAUCGACUACUUCAUCGUGGCGGACAGCCUCGUUAGCCAGGUGAUGUAUGUCAGAGUGCAGGAGGAGUGGCCGUCGGCGCCCCACAAGCCAGUGGGGUUAACACUCAGGCUCAAGGCGCAGGAGCGAAUGGUCAGGGUAUUGGAGAAGCCAAAGAAGCUGCCAGAGCUGGGCAUGAGAUGCAUACCAGCGCCGCCGCAGUAUCGAGAAAUCGCGUGCUUCAGGUCGCAGGAGGUGGCCAACCAGGAGUGGAGGCAGUACAUGCAGACGUUGGAGCAGGAGGCCUUCGCAGCACGAGGACUCGAAUGGGCACCCGACCACCCUGCAGCAGGGCGAGCCGAGGAGCCGACAUGGAGGAUCAAGCCGCUAAGUUUCGGUGGUGCCAAUGCGCCGCCAGCCGCCAGGGAAGCAGUUUGGUGGAGGUGGCUCGCGAGAGCGCUACAGAGCUUGCAAGGGGCAUACACGAGGCUCAAGACGGCGAGAAAUGGCGACAAUCAAAGGCGCCGGCAGAAGGAGGCAAUUGCGCAGGAGCACCAGUUCAUCAUCACGCAUCGGAGGACCAAGCACCUCAAUACAAAGGAGCAGGGGAGGUGGCAGGCCAGGUGCGGGCUGCUGGCGGCUGGGCUACUCCGAGGGGCGCAUCAGGAAGCAAAGUUGCAGCAACGGGUGCAGGAGAGCCAGGGCAAGAUGAAUGAGUACGACCAGCAGCUGCUCAAGGAGAGGCGAGCACGCUGGGCAGACAGGUUGCAGGAGGCGGCAGCAGGAGCAGCAGGUGGUCUACACAAGUUGAGCAAGGCUGCACCAGUAUGGAGACCGCGUAGGGCAGGCUCCAUGGAGGACUCGGCGGACCCCAUCGAGGCAGCUGAGUACACCCUCAACGAGUGGAAAGUGGUCUGGAGGGUCGGCGAGCAGAUCCAGAAGGUGCAGCGGCCGUGGGAGCGCGAAGAGCGUGACAAGCUCGAGCCCUUCACAGACCAGGUCGUCGACAAGCUUAAGGAGGUAGCGCGCACCUUCAGGAAAAAGACGGGGGUCGGAGUAGACAGGUGGCACCCCUCUAUGCUGCAGGGUGCGUCGGACGAGGCCUACGUCAAGCUGUUGGACUUCUACAUGGAGGUGGGGCGGACGCUGCGCUGGCCCAUCCACAUGGGUACUGUGUUAUUCUUCAUGAUCCCGAAGACCUACACCACGGACAGGGCCAUCGGGCUUCUGCCCACAGCCUUCAGGGUGUGGGAGAUUAUGCGAGAGCCGUACAUGGUCGAGUGGGCCAAGAAGAACUACCGGAGCUGGGAUUGCACGAGCUACGGUAAGGCGGCGGAGGACGCGGCCUGGGAGGUGUUGCUCAGCCACGAGAUGGACGAUGUCGAGGAGCAGAGCGAGGAGACGCAGGCGACGGUCACGGCCGUUUUGGACUUGGUAAAGGCUUUUGAGAAGGUCAGCUUGCACGUGUUUUGGGAAGCAGGAAAGCAGCUCAAGUUCAACACAGGGGUGCUGGCGGUGGUGUGCUCAUACUUCGCCAUGACCAGGCGCCUCAUCGUCUGGGACUCAGUGUCCAGUGAGACAGAAACGGUCACCACCAUCAUCGCGUGUAGCAAGUUCUCGGUAUGUUUCCUGAAGAUGGUCAUACAAUCCACGGUGGAUGGCCUGGUGGUCGAAAGACCGAGAGCGCGCUGGAGGACGUACGUGGACGACUUGUGCGUACGGUUGCGACAGCAGCAUAGGCACGUGGUCACGGAGUUCGGAGAGACGAUUGACAGUUGCUUCCGAGGAUUCGAGGGGCUAGGCCUGAAGUUCUCCGUGGGCAGCAAGGGCAAAGGUGCAGUGAUGGCGAGCACCAAGUGGGCGCGAAGGGCCGUGGCAGGGCCGAUGCAGGAGCGAGGCCUGCCAGUGGUGAAGGCAUGUCCAUACUUGGGGGUCGACAUCGUCACGCACGGCACGGCGGUGAAGACCAAGAGCGGCAAAAGGCACGCUGUCAUGAAGGUCAGGAGUCGCAGGUUGCUCGCUCUAAAGGGCGGGCGAAAAAUGGCCAAGGGUGUUGGCUUGGUGUACAAGUGUGGCCUGAAGCGCUCGAUUAUGUAUGGGUGCAAGUGCUUGGGCAUGCCAGACCGCCAGCUUCGACAGCUACGGCGAGAGGAGGGCUUCGUGCUGAACAUGCAGGAGGUGUGCCCCAUGGACAUCGCGGCGAUGGUGCGCAAGGACGUGCCGGCAACCCUCUGGGAGGAGUGGGCGCAGGCGGAGGAGUUCAAGACCCUGAGCCCAAUGCCGUUUCUGGCGCCAGCAGUCGCGCAGCUAGGUGCACGUGAUUUCCCGAAGCAUGCAAGGAAUGCGGCGAAGAAGGUCUUUGUCGGAGGUGCGUGGACUAUGGAGAAGCUGUGCAGGUGCAACAUCGUACCCACGGACAUUUGCAUGGCAUGUGGAGAGGCGGUGGGCACCGAGCACCACCGGUACUACAAGUGCCAUGUGCUCAGGAGCCAGAGGUUGCAGGCGCAGGCGGGCUGGCAGCACGUGGCGGAGCAGCAGGACACCAACAUGCCGUGGACGCGCGGGCUGGUGAGGUCGCCAGAGGCGGACUGGAAGUUCGUGGGAAUCGAGGAGGACCAGUACUACGGACAAGUGGUCGAAGGCGAGGAGGACUACUUCACAGGCGACAUCGUGUGCGACGGCUCGAAGCUCGGGCACAGCAACUGGGCGCAGACGGGCUGGGCAGCGAUGUCCCUCAACGACAACGGCACCGCGAAGAUGCAGAUGUGGGGUCCGCUGCCGUGCUCGCUACCGAUCCACAGGAGGGUUAAGAGAGCCGAGAUGUGGGCCUUCCUCAAGGUGCUGGAGAGGAUGCUGCCGCCAGGACACGUCUUCACGGACCACAAAGGCAUCGUGGAGGGCUUGCAGAGAGGAGAGCGGUGGUGCACGAGCUGGAAGCGCCCACACGCAGACCUGUGGCGAAGGAUCUGGCAUAAGGUGAAGGACAUGGACCUGGACAUUCAUUGCGUGAAGCACGUAAAGGCCCACAGGUCCAAGAGCAGGAUCGGGCAGCUCGAGGGUGAGGACCUGAAGAUUGCGAAAGGCAACAGCGAGGUGGACCUGCUGGCAAAGGUGGGCGCGGGGAUGGACGCACACUACGGCAAGCACCAAGCGCUGGAG